GAUUUCUUCUUUUAUAUUUUCUAAUCCAAACCCACAAUAUUCAUCACCUCCUUAGCUAACCCACAAAACACCAUGCCUUCCUCCUUGCACCUUCAUCGCUCCACCACCACCUUUACCAGUGGCUGCUACCACAAACAACCAGCUCAACCCAUACCCACCGCCACACUCACGCGGUGUCUCCCUCUUCCUCACGGUGUCUUGCUGCCGGAAACGGUCUCUUCGUACCAUGUCCACACCCUGAGACCGAACCAGUGUUGUUCGGCGGUGGUCCAAGCCAUCGAAGCCCCCGUGGAGACAGUUUGGUCUUUCGUUCGUCGCUUUGAUAACCCCCAAGCUUACAAAAAUUUCCUCAAGAGCUGCGACGUGAUCGUCGGCGACGGAAACGUGGGUAGUCUUCGUGAAGUCCACGUGGUAUCCGGCCUCCCAGCAGGCUCCAGCACGGAAAGACUCGAGAUCCUUGACGAUGAACGUCACGUGCUUAGCUUUAGCGUGGUGGGAGGCGAUCAUCGGUUGAGAAACUACAGGUCGGUCACAACCUUACAUGCUUCUCCGGAUGGUAAAGGCACGGUUGCCGUGGAAUCAUUCGUCGUCGAUGUACCGCCGGGUAAUACUAGAGAGGAUACGUGUAGUUUUGUCGAUACAAUUGUACGUUGCAACCUUCAAUCUUUGGCUCAAAUGGCUGCAAAUAUGACUAAAACAGAAAACCCGUCAUCCCUUAAUCAUUAAAUCUGUUCUCUUUAACCCUUUUUUCAUUUUCGAAGUGGGAAUUCAUAGAUCAAAUAGAGGCCUCGGUGAAGUUGAAGAUUCUAGCUUCGACCAUUUUCUUUUCUUUUUUCCCUCUAAUAUAUUAUGAAUGUGUUUCACAAAAGCUAUAGUAAUUAAUCUUGUGAAUUCUGC